GAUCACUGUUGUGAGAUCUGGUCUGGGUCCUCGAUUUUGGUGAGGAUUGUCGGGGAAAAAGAAGACCCAUCUCUCGCUUUAAUGCUAGCACAAACUGGUUCUCUGCUUCGGAUCUGAUUGUGAUUUUACAGGCAUGAACUUUUGAAUGUUGAUUGCCUUAGACAUUGUGCAGAGAAUAAAUGGGCAAUCCUGGUUCAGACACCGAAAGAAACAAGAGAAAUUUGGUCUCAAGUGUGUUUGAUCCUGCACUCUCUAGAUUCGUUGGAUUUUCUCAGAAACUCCAAACUUGUCUUAAGUCCCAGCUGAAGAAUUUGAAAGUUGAUAAGCAUGGGAUUGGUUCUUCAUGGAGGCAAGAUAAAGAAGGGUCGUCGAGCUCCAUGGAAAUUGAUCUGGAGAAACAGUUAGAUAUGUGGAGAGAAAACCCUUCGUGGACUGAUCAGAUCCCAGUCGUUAAGGUGAGUAUUCCAAAAGGAUCGCUUUGCAAUCUCAAAGCCGAGGUGAAUGUUGGUUUACCUCCUGAUGCAGUCUAUAACAUUGUGAUUGACCCUGACAACAGAAGAGUUUUCAAGAAUAUUAAGGAGGUUAUGUCGCGGAAAGUAUUGGUAGAUGAUGGGUUAAGGCAAGUGGUGGAAGUAGAACAAGCAGCCUUGUGGAGAUUUCUCUGGUGGUCAGGAACAAUCUCAGUUCAUGUCUUGGUGGAUCAGAACCGUGCAGAUCACUCUAUGAAAUUCAAGCAAGUGAAGAGUGGAUUCAUGAAGAGAUUCGAAGGAAGCUGGCAAGUCAAGCCUUUGUUUGUGGACGAAUAUAUGUGUGAUCGUUUGAAACCGAAAACGCUUGAGGAGUAUAACCGGUGCACUGGAGGUAAAGGGAGGAUCGGAUCUAAGGUAACGCUGGACCAGCUAAUACAGCCAGCUAUUGUUCCACCUCCCCCCAUUUCUUGGUAUCUCAGAGGAAUCACGGCUAAGACGACAGAGAUGCUCAUCCAUGACUUAUUGGCUGAGACUGCCAGGAUCCGUGCAGCCGGAGAAAUGGAGGAUGGUCACUCGCCGGAUAAGCAACGGAUUGGGACACAUGGGGAUAUAAAGGAAAGAUGGGCUGCACGUAGAAGAACAUCAAGGAGACGACGCAAUGAUUUGUGUUAAGGUCACAGUCCAUUAUUUUGGGAUUAUAGAAACCUUGAGGAUUUUUGGAUCAUUCAGAUAUGUGAACAUAAUAUAAUGUUUGUUUUCAU